AAGAGUUAAAUGUCAAAUCACCGCUUCAGCUUCCUAUGGAGAAGUUUAGGACUGCAGGUUUUAAUAUUUUACUGACUUUACAGUCAAGACAUUUUUACAAGAGUUUUAUUUGCAGGGGUUUUUUCCCUUCCGUCGGACACGUUGCGCCUCGUCGGGCACGUAGCCUGCGUGUGAAAAUAAGUGAAAUUCCCGGGGUUUUUUGGCAGCAGGAGAAGACGGGCUGUUACGGAACAAUCCAUGAAAGAGUUAGUGUCCUUCCAGGGAAUAAAUCCAGCCCACUUCGGCCUCGCAGCCUCCUCCUCUUCCUCCCCCGCUCAGUGAGGGCUGCACAGCUGGCAAUUUACAGACAAUAACGCCGUAAGGAGUAAUUGGCUGCUGGGUGCACCGCUGCCCCGCAAACUGGACCCGCGUUUGAUUGAUGGGGGAGAUGAAUUAGAAGAAGAACUGGGAUAUUAAUUAAGGAUUUGGGGUUUGUUUUUUUGGAGCUGGUGGGGAGUUUAGUUUAUGAACCUCUGAGAUCACCAGCACUGAAGACCCAGCUGCCUUCUCUCCACUGGAGCCGUUAUAACCUCCUCAUACCGGGAACGUAAGACAAAAUAAUGGAGAAGUCAUUAAAGCAGCAGCUAGCUUUCGGCCUUCUGUUUGGGUUGUGGUUCCCUUGUUGUUUGGGCCAGACCACGCGGUCGAACACAGCUACACCAGCAGCUACACCAGCAGCCACGCCAUCGCCGUCGCCCCAGUCCCAGACCGAACGGCUAAGAGUCAGACUGGCUGGAUACCCACGAAAACACAACGAGGGUCGGAUAGAGCUCUUCUACAAGGGAGAAUGGGGAACCAUCUGUGAUGACGACUUCUCCAUAGCUAACGCCAACGUCCUCUGUCGCCAACUGGGCUUUGUCUCAGCCACCGGAUGGACCCACAGUGCCAAAUAUGGAAAGGGCCAAGGGAAAAUCUGGCUGGACAACGUGCUGUGUAACGGAGGUGAGAAGAGCAUUGAAUCCUGCAAGUCUCGCGGCUGGGGCAGCAGCGACUGUACUCACGAUGAGGAUGCUGGAGUUGUGUGCAAAGACGAGAGGAUCCCUGGCUUUGUGGACUCGAAUGUUAUUGACGCUCACGUCGAUGAGAACAAAAUAGAGGAGGUGCGACUCCGACCGGUGUUGGCCAUAGCCAAAAAGAGGCUGCCCAUCACGGAGGGUGUAGUGGAGGUGAAAUACAAAGACGGCUGGGCGCAGAUCUGCGACCUGGGAUGGACAAUCAAAAACACACGCGUGGUCUGCGGCAUGCUGGGAUUCCCGCAUGAGAAGAAAGUCAACAAGAACUUCUACAAACGUCUGAGAAAGCGAGCGGCUGAGAAGGUCCCCAGGCCAAAGGUUAAUGUUUCAGUCGGCGGAAGGCCGACAUCCAAAGCUAAAGCUAACUCUAAGUCUAAACAGAGCAGCCCUGGCAAAAGGUUGUAUUUGGAGCGUCAGAAGAACUACUUCCACAUUCACUCCGUGGCGUGUACGGGCACCGAGGUCCACCUGGCAGCCUGCCCCCUGGAGUUCAGGAAGCCAAACGCGACAUUCUCCUGCGAGGGCGGCACGGCGGCUGUGGUCAGCUGCAUGCCGGGGCCCAUGUUCAUGCAGAACACUGGCCUGAAAAAGAAACUUAAAGUUUCGAGCAACGUGAGGCUGAAGGGAGGCGCAAGGCUGGGCGAGGGCCGGGUGGAGGUGCUGAAAGACAACGAGUGGGGAACGGUGUGCGAUGAUCGCUGGAACCUGCAGUCAGCCAGCGUCGUCUGCAGGGAGCUCGGCUUCGGCAGCGCCAAGGAGGCUCUCACCGGAGCCCGCAUGGGACAAGGAAUGGGUCCGAUCUACAUGAACGAGGUGAAGUGCCUCGGUCAGGAGAGGUCCAUCUGGAACUGCCCCUUUAAAAACAUCACAUCAGAGGACUGCCAGCACAUGGAGGACGCCGGCGUCCGCUGCAACAUACCCUACAUGGGCUUCGAGAACUCGAUCCGACUCACCGGAGGACGGACCCGUUAUGAGGGCCGUGUUGAGGUGUCGAGCUUGGACUCUAACGGGACGCAGAGCUGGGGUCUGAUCUGUGGCGAGACCUGGAGCACCAAGGAGGCCAUGGUGGCCUGCAGGCAGCUGGGCUUGGGCUACGCUAACCAGGGCCUGCAAGAAACCUGGUACUGGGACAGCAGCAACGUGACGGACAUGGUGAUGAGCGGCGUGAAGUGCACGGGCACCGAGAUGUCUCUGAGUCAGUGCCAGCAUCACAAAACUGUCAGCUGCCAGAAGUCGACGGCGAGGUUUGCGGCGGGAGUCAUCUGCUCUGACACGUCCUCUGACCUCGUCCUGAACGCCCCUCUGGUCCAGCAGACGGUUUACAUCGAGGAUCGCCCUCUGCACAUGCUCUACUGCGCUGCCGAGGAGGACUGCCUGUCCAAAUCUGCAGCCAAGGCCAACUGGCCUUACGGACACCGACGCCUCCUCCGCUUCUCCUCCCAGAUCCACAACAUCGGACGGGCUGACUUCAAGCCAAAGGCUGGGCGCCACUCGUGGGUCUGGCACGCCUGUCAUGGCCACUACCACAGCAUGGAUGUUUUCACCCACUAUGACCUGCUGAAUGCCAACGGUACCAAAGUGGCAGAGGGACACAAAGCGAGUUUCUGCCUGGAGGACUCAGAUUGUCAAGAGGGUGUUUCUAAGCGAUACGAGUGUGCCAACUUUGGCGACCAGGGCAUCACCGUGGGCUGCUGGGAUUUGUACCGUCACGACAUCGACUGCCAGUGGAUCGACAUCACAGACGUCAAACCCGGGAACUACAUUUUCCAGGUUGUGAUCAAUCCGAAUCAGGAGGUGGCUGAGAGCGACUUCACCAACAACGCCAUGAAGUGCAACUGCAAAUAUGACGGACAUCGAAUCUGGCUCCAUAACUGCCACAUUGGUGAUGCGUUCAGUGAGGAGGCAGAGCGGAGGUUUGAGAAAUACCCCGGGCAGCUGAAUAACCAGGUUUCUUAAUCAGCAAUAAUUUUAAAAACAACAUGAGAGUUAAAGUGGGGGUUUAAUGAGUAAAAACGCACUUCACUAGCUCAAAAAGAAAGACAGAAACCCUCUCAAAGGAUUCCCCCACGUUUCAGAUUAGUUGGAGUCAUGGAAGAAGACGACCAUAUUUCUCCUCCAGUGAAUGUGUUGUACAUCUGAAUUAUUAUACUUGAAUAUUCAAGUGCUUAUGUUUUUUGUUUGUUUGUUUGUUUUUUUGGAGUUUCUUUUCUCGGUCUAAUGUGAGAUAAUGCUAUAAUUUUUAAUCACAAAAGAGGAUUUUAUCAAGUCGUAGAGUCUGUGUGCGACAAAUGUGCAGCCUCCAACUGAAUGUUCUUAUUCCGAGUUAUGAACGAGGUGCUAUUUUUUAUUUUUAUUAUGAAUAUUUUAUAGAUAUAUAAUUUGUUUUACUUGGAGCAGGCUGGUUCAAAACUACCUGAGGUGUAAGCAUUGGCUGCUACAUAUUUAAAGAGCAAAAACUGAGGCAGGGACAGGAACAAAUGCAGCUGAAAUUCCUACUGGCCUUGAAUGCGACUUCGUACUGAGACCGAUGAGACAGACCGUUCACUCUGGAUUGGAGCCAGAGAAAAGAAGUUUUUUAACGUCACUUCCUGUUCAGUUUUAUGCCGUUUUCUGAUCACAGAAACAGUUUAAUUCAAAUCAUAACAUGCCUGCCUCCACAGCUGCAGUGUUUUGUGGAUCUACUUUCACGUGCAAUUCCAAAAAAAGCUGGGAUGCACUGAAAAACGUAAAUGAAAACAGAGUGCAACCAUUUGCAAACAAACUAUUAAAAAGUGUUUCUGAGCACACGGAGUAGUAGUGUUGAACGUCCGUCCAUCCUUGCUUGUCCUCGUGAUACUCUCCCACGUUUCCAGUGAACCUGUUUACCUGUGGGAUGUUCCGAACAGGUGAUUUCCGGUCGGUCGCAGCUUUCCCAGUCUUCUGUUGCUGCUGUCUCAACUGGUUUGAAAAGUGCUGUUCAAGCUCAGAUUAAGCUGAAAAUCGAUGAAGGCGAUGAGGUAAAACAUUAAAUAUGUUGUCUUUGUGCUAGUCAUGACAUCCUGUCUUAUUUACACAGCGUUGUAUUGCUAAUAUCAAGGCGCUCAAGAACAAGGCGUUUUCAUUGGCUUUGUUGUCACUUUAGUUCUAGUCUGUAUGUAUUAUGAAUAGUCAUUUAGAGUCAGAGCGUAGAUUUUAUUGGGCAAAAACUAAAAACUACAGUUAGCUUUGAGAAUUGCUGCACACGUGCUGAUGUAUUCACCUCUGCUGCACCAAAUUAAAAGGAGAGGAAUAAUAA